UCACAACCAGAACCUUGAACUUGGCCUGGUAACCAAUGGGCAGCCAGUGCAAUUCAAAAAUGUGCAGACAUAGACUCUUCAAAACCAUACCCAGGCCACUCCAGUGAACUCACAAAAAACACCCUUCUCAGACAGAACUUGGAGUCAAGGUACACCACCACUGAGAGCCUUAUUCAGUCAACAGAAAACGUCUUUGAUUUCCCCAUGAAUAAGAUGAGCUCCGGGAAAAACGGUGGUCUCCCAGAACUGACUGCUCCCCCUGACAUCAACACAAGACAAACUCCACCUUUCAAAAAGAAGCCGGCCUCUUUCAAACAAGGAAACACAGCCAAGAACCAUCAGAGACUCAAAACUAGCACAGCAACCACCCAGGCCAGCCUGCCAAGCUCAAGGGCUUUUGUCUCCAUGGACAACAUGCACACCUUGGAGGACGGCAACAACAUGGCUGUUGUGGCUCCUGAAGAGAAACCUACAGUGCCAGAGCAGACCUUGUGGGGCAACAGGAAAGGAAGCCAUGUGGUGACCAAUCACUCCCUCUUCCAGAUCUCACCAUUCACAGCAGAGCCAAUGGUCCCACAGGCUUCCUCUCCAAGCCCAGAAGCAACAGAAGUGCUUGAGGCAGACUUCCAAGAGGAGGAAGUCCAGCCUGUGGCCAACAGCAAGUCCAAGAGCACAGAGGAAGAGGCAAAGAGCAGCCGAGACACAACCACAUCCACCAUCAUCACAACAACUGUGAUUACCACUGAACAAACUCCAAUUCUCUGCGGUGUGAAUUUCUACGAGCCAGAGGGAUACAUCGAGUCGACAGAUUACCCGCCCCUGCCUCAGAACCACUUCCUGGAAUGCACGUACAAUGUGACCGUCUACACUGGAUAUGGGGUGGAGUUGCAGGUGAAAAGCGUCAACCUGUCUGAGGGGGAAGUGCUGUCCAUCUGCGGUGUGGACAACGACCAGUUGGUGAUCUUAGCCAAUCAGACACUCUUGGUGGAAGGCCAAGUGAUUCGCAGCCCGACCAACACAAUCUCAGUUUUCUUCCGCACCUUCCAAGAUGACAUGAUUGGGACUUUCCAGCUGCAUUAUCAAGUGUUUAUGCUGAGCUGCAGCUUCCCACGGAAACCGGAUUCUGGGGAGGUCACCGUCAUGGGGCUGCAUUCUGGUGGCACAGCCCACUUUCACUGUCACCUGGGCUAUGAACUGGAAGGUCCAGAAGUCCUGACCUGCAUUAAUGCUUCCAAGCCACACUGGAGCUCCCCAGAGCCAGUCUGUUCAGCACCCUGUGGAGGAACGGUGCACAAUGCCACUAUCGGCUGCAUCUUGGCACCAACCCACCUGGGGAAUCACACAGAGAGUAUGUUUUGCACGUGGACCAUCCGCACAGUCGAAGGCCAGAGGCUCCACCUGCACUUUGAGAGGCUAUUGCUGGGAGACAAGCAAAGCCUGGCUGUCUACAGCGGAGAGACCAACCACUCGGCAGUCCUCUACAACUCCCGCCAGAGCGACAGCGUGCCCUUCGAGGGGGUGAUCAGCGAAGGCGCCAUCUUACGCGUCGACUUCGCCUUGGGGGACCCAAGCGCCACCCCAACCUUCAACAUCCGCUUCGAAGCUUUUGAGAAAGGCCACUGCUAUGAGCCGUACAUUCAGAAUGGGAACUUUACUGCCUCUGAUCCCACCUACAACCUCGGGACAAUUGUAGAGUUCAGCUGUGAACCCGGCCAUUCCUUGGAGCAAGGGCCAGCCGUCAUCGAGUGCAUUAACGUCAGGGAUCCCUAUUGGAAUGACACGGAGCCAAUGUGCAGAGCCAUGUGCGGAGGAGAACUCUCCACUGGGGCAGGGGUGAUCCUUUCCCCCAACUGGCCAGAGCCCUAUGCCGAGGGCGAGGACUGCAUCUGGAGAGUUCACGUUGGAGAGGAAAAGCGCAUUUUCCUGGACAUCCAAUUUCUGAACUUGAGCAACAGUGACAUCCUCACCAUCUAUGACGGAGACGACCUCAGCGCCCACAUUAUGGGGCAGUACCUGGGCAGCAGCGGGCCCCAGAAGCUCUAUUCCUCCACUCCAGACCUGACCAUCCAGUUCCACUCCGAUCCAGCUGGGCUCAUCUUUGGGAAAGGACAGGGCUUCAUCAUGAACUACAUCGAAGUGUCACGGAACGACUCCUGUUCUGACUUGCCGGAAAUUCAGAAUGGCUGGAAGACCACAUCUCACACGGAGCUUGUUCGCGAGGCCAAGAUAACCUACCAGUGCGACCCAGGCUACGACAUUGUCGGGAGCGACACCCUCACCUGCCAGUGGGACCUCACUUGGAGCAGCGACCCGCCCUUCUGUGAGAAAAUUAUGUACUGCACAGACCCUGGGGAGGUACAACACUCCAUCCGUUUGAUUUCUGAUCCAGUGCUAUUGGUCGGGACCACAAUCCAGUAUACCUGUAAUCCAGGAUUUGUUCUUGAAGGGAGCUCCCUCCUGACCUGCUACAGCCGGGAGACAGGGACGCCCAUCUGGACCUCAAGAUUGCCACACUGUGUGUCUGAAGAAUCCCUCGCUUGUGACAACCCAGGCCUGCCAGAAAAUGGGUACCAAAUCUUGUACAAGCGCCUCUACCUGCCUGGUGAAUCUCUGACGUUCAUGUGCUACGAAGGCUUUGAGCUCAUUGGAGAGGUCACCAUCAAAUGCAUUUUGGGGCAGCCCUCCCGAUGGAGUGGACCACUCCCCAUCUGCAAAGUGAAUCAAGACAGCUUUGAGCACGCCUUAGAAGUAGCUGAAGCUGCCGCAGAAACGUCCUUGGAAGGGGGGAACAUGGCCCUGGCAAUUUUUAUCCCGGUUCUGGUUGUGUCUUUGCUGCUGGGGGGAGCAUAUGUCUACCUGACAAGGUGUCGCUACUAUUCCAGCCUGCGCCUGCCCCUCAUGUACUCUCAUCCAUACAGUCAAAUCACAGUGGAGACGGAGUUUGACAACCCAGUUUACGAGACCGGAGAAACACGAGAAUACGAAGUAUCGAUCUGAUGCUGGCCACACGGAACUCUCCAUGCACAGCCUUGAUUCCCUCUCCCAGAACCUCCUCAAGUGAUAAAUUUGGACAUUCCGUGGAGUUUGACGGACAGCUUGAGCCCACGGCGCCUUUUCCUUUUUGCCAUUUUCUCCAUCUUGACGUCUGCUCCAGUUACGCUCCAAGAGUGUCGCAGGUGGGCACUGCACUCAAGGUUUGCUGCUCUGGAGCUAAGCCCUGUGCACCAAUGCAGCCUCUUGUAAGGUUCCGUAAAAAAGAACACUGUGGUGUAUUCGUGUGGGGAUGUUGUUUCUAAUUGGGGGGGGGGGAAUGGAGCUGCUUCCAGUCCACGAGGGAGCCUUGCAAUGCCGGGCGCUGAGUUCGACAGUGGCCGUUCCAACACCCUUGCUCUCUCCUUUCUCAGCAGCUACUGACCCCUCCAUGAACUUGGCGCUGUGUUCUCCUCUGGAAGAGAAAGUGGUGCCAACUUGUAGAGUAGUUUGGGAAGUCACUGGUGAUUGCAUGAAGCUCAGCCUCCUGGGGGUGGGGACUGGGGCUGGGGCGAGAGAGCAAUAGUGGCCAAACCAAGAAAACCCAUGUCCUGUUUUUGUCUUGAAUCAUGGAUGUUAACCUGUGUAACUGGCCAACUGACGUGGAUGUUUUAGAAAGGAGAGGCAGAGAAGAACAUCUCUGGAAGAUGGAGAUUACCUCUCUUGGCUUCUAAUUCCCAGCUGGUCUGAUGGUCUUACCCAUCUUUAAAGAAUCCUGUGGCUACCGCUUAAAUCCACUCUCUGCCAACUUUUACUGUACCUCAGGGCAAAAAAUGGCAGAUCCAGGCUCUUAGGACAUGUUUUGAUUAAUGUUGGAGCUUUGCUGCUGCAGGUUUUGAGGCUGAUGCAGUAAGAAAUCUAUGGAUCUCUGGCUCCUGGAAAGGGACGUGAGGCAUGUAUAUGGUGGAUUAGUGGCUUCUGAACAUGGAGGGCAAAAUGUUGUAUCCAUCCAUCCAUCCAUCCAUCCAUCCUUUUUUUAAAAAAAACUCUCAAAUGAGAGAAAGGAAUAUGAUUGGAAGUGGGCAGGUGAUCAUCUUGACAACCAUUUUGCCCCAGCCAUUUGCAAUUUCCAGAGCAGGGCAAACAAACCCUUCAUUCACACAGGGCCAUAGAGGCUCCUGUUCGGUGCAGUGGGUUUGUGUAGGAGAAAAUCACAAUCCUAAAUCAAGAUUUGCACUGUUGAACCUGGGACUGUUGGUUUAUUUAUUUUGAAAAGCCACCUGGAACAACUGUUGAGAUGAGUUGGAUCAGGAAAAGGGAGUCAUCUGGAAGGCACAACCUGGACUGGCCAAAACGCAUCCCCAGUUCUCUGCUUGCUUUCCUAUCGGCAUGCUCUCCAGUUCAUGCCGCCUCUGCUCCUGGAACAUUGUGCAAAGAAUGCAAACUCAUUCCAUAAAAACAUGAAGAUUAGGGAGGAGCACUGUCUACAUUGUUGAAAUUAUAUGUCCUUUCCACCCCCCUUCACCCAGCCUGCGUCCCUCUCAAACCAUCCCUGUUAUAAAUGGGUAACUGGAGAGGCAGAUAAUCGGCUGCUGACGCCUCUGUUGGCAUCUAUUUCUGUCUUUGUAAAAACAGUGAAAUUGUAACCAUGGCAAUGUUUUUUAAAUGUGUUUUAGUUUAGAAACCUGGUCUAGUACGUCUCUACAGUUGUCAAGAGUAAGGCAUUUGGGGCUAUUUAUUUUUUCUCCUUUUAAAAAAAUUUACAGGAAAAAAAUAUGAAUGUGUUUUUGUAAUUUGCAAUGGUAAGGGGGGGGUGAAAAGUGCCAAAAAUGUACCUAGAUUUCUGUUCCCAUUCUUACAGGUCUCUUUUUCUAAGAUUCUUGGGAUUAAAUAUUUUUGAAC